ACUUUUUAAAACGACGUUCUUUUAUAAGGUCUUUAAAAUCCCGUAUCCCAAAUCCCCUACAUACCCCUGUCUGGAACUAGUAGGCGCGUGGAUAUUCUUAAAGAGGUUGUUAGGUAUUUGUAGUGAAAGUGUUUCUUAUUGUAUGUGAAAGUGAAUUUUGUGGCUAUGUAAGUGACAUAAGUGUCGAUGACAAAUACGCAAAGAAACUACUAACUACGUCCAAAAUGGCACAGGACUCCGACGAUAUAAAUUUAACUAAUCAAGAACUGCAGGUGCUGUCGGAACUUGACAGUCGGCAGUUUGGGUUCUUGAAGUUAAACACGCCAGAACAAGCAAAGAAGAAAGAACUUGUUUUAAAGGCCGUGAAAUAUUUAGAGAGAAUGUUAGUUCAGGCCCAGAAUCAGAAAGAACGUAGUAAACACAUAGAGAAAGAUGACACAUUAAUCCAGAAAGAGAUAAAUAUUGAUCCUAAAACAUACUGCAAAUUGGGCCACUUUCAUCUCUUGCUUGAAGAUUAUGCAAAAGCCAUGUCAGCAUAUCAGAAAUUCUUCGGUCUGAAAUCUGAUUACUGGAAGGACGCAAAUUUCUUGUACGGGCAAGGUCUGGUUUAUUUCCACUUCAAUGCAUUCCAGUGGUCACAAUUUUUGCAAUUUAACACUAGGCCGUCACAGAAUGUUUGGACUACGAGCCACACGUCGACUCGCGUCUUCUGAGCCGGCGGAGCUCCCGUUAGUGCACGCCGAACGACGUACCUAGGAAGCAAGUUGCUGCUGCUUCAGCAAGAUGGAGCAGCCUUCCAAAAUAUUUUGACUGAAUAAUCGGAUUGUUUUAUUCUUUGUAAUAUGCUUUAUAAAUGUACAGAUUUUAAUAUAUUGUUUAUCAAUUUUAGUUGACAGGAAAAUUUUGAAAUUUGUGGUAAGGUCUUAUGGGACGAAAUUGCUGAGGUCGUCGGUCCCUUAUCUUAUGCACUACUUGAUCUAACUUAAACUAACUUAUGCUAAGGACAACACACACACACCCACGCCCGAGGGACUACCACGUGCGGCAAGUUUACAGGGCAGGCACACCAUAUCAUAUAGUCAAGUGGCGGUUAUAUCUCUCCGUAAGUUAUGAGUGUGACUUUUUAUGUGUUAGACGCGCGUAAUUAUAACAGCAAGUACUACGUUUAUAAUUGCUGCAUCAUAUUUAUGUAAAAAGUAUGUGUAAUACUUAAGUUCAUGCUGCUGUUAUACGGAUAUUAGUGAGUAGCAGAUGUAAUGAACACUUUCGUUAGUGGUGCCAUCUGAAUAGAUAAUAUGUCAAGUAUGGAAUUACACGUAUUUAAAUCGUGUUGUAUAAUUUGACUUUGAAUGUUAAUGUUUUAAAGACGAUCUGAUUUUUAUAAGUAUAAAAAGGCGAACAAAUAUCUAAAUAAUAAAAUUAAAUAAUUUUCAAGUCAACUUCCUCAACACUGGCACCACCUGUCGACUAAAUCUUUAUAAAAUAUCUACAGCAAGCUGUUAGCUGACGCCCCGAUUAGGCAUAGUUUUUAAUACUGCACAGAACCUCCUGCCGAUUAGGCAUAGUUUUUAAUACUGCACAGAACCUUCUUUUACAAGUUCUAAGCUUGUUGGUGAGUAUACCUUUAAAAAUACUUUCUAAAUUUUUAAUGUCUUAUCGUUCGUUACCUUGUUGUUGUGUAAUAAACACCUGUCUCUUUAUACUCAUUUCGUCUUAAUUGCAGAUAUCUGAUGAUGAUAGUAGCCAUUGCGGUAAAUAAAGAAAAAAGUGAGUGAUCUGUGUGGUUUUAUUCACAAAAUUGUACACCCUCCCUAUCAGAAGACCCUCGAUCCAGUCACAAGUUUCGCUUGAUACCCCCAUAAGAUUGUACUGUUGAUUGGUACCGAAUGAAAUGCUUUUUCGGAAAUCGAGACAAUACCGCAUCUACCCGAUGGCCUUGAUCCAUGCCUUUAAUGUGUCAUGUGAGAAAACUGAGUGUCGAAUUUCACAAGAUCGAUGUUUUCGGAAUCCAUGCUGACUGGCAUGGAGGAGAUCAUUC